ACCUUACAGUGCAAUGGCAAAAUCAUAAAGUCAGCUUUCUUCUUUAAACAAGGCUAGCAAUGGAAAUACUGCUUCUUUUCUUGCCUUGGACUGUGCACUAGAUAACAUGGAUGUGCUGCUUCUUUGUUUUUUAGUGUCUCAGAUGUCAUCCAACCUGAAGAAAUUUGAGUCCCAGCUCCAAGCCCAAGAUACUCAGAUCUCCUCUGCUUUGACAAAUUGGGAUUCUCGUUUCCUAACACACGAGUCUCAGGUGUCAUCCAGCUUGAACAGUUUGUCUUCCCAGCUCCAAGCCCAAGGUUGUACAAAAGUGUGCCCCUGUGACUGGAUCCUGUUCAGUGGAAGUUGUUACUAUUUUUCAAAAGAAUCAAAAGACUGGCAUAGAGCCCAACAGUACUGUGUCAACCAGGCCUCUAGCCUUGCCAUUAUCAACAAUGUAGACGAGCUGAAAAUUCUGAGCAGCAAAAUCUCUUCCGGCUACUGGGUGGGGCUGAAUGACCUUGACUCUGAAGGGAGAUGGAAAUGGGUGGAUAGAACACCAGUGGACAUGAGUGACAAGUACUGGAAUGCUGGGGAGCCCAACAACGUUGGCGAGGAAGACUGUGGCGAGCUGACAAACGGGAAAAUAAAUGAUAGGAUGUGCAGAUCAGCCAUUCCCUGGAUCUGUGAGAAGAGCAUCUAAACAUCCCAGCUGUUCUGGCUUCUUCUGCAAUGACUCUGCAAUGUCCCUGGAUUCAAAUUUAGGAAAAAAACAUUUAGAUGUUUAAUGAAAAUCUACCAUAUCGGUCUAAUGGUUAUGUUUCACCAGGACUGGGGUCCAAGGUGGUGAGUGUGAAAUUGUGUUAAGCAUUUUCACCUUUAACUCUUGGGUUAAUUUUAUUACUUUUUGCUGAAGCAGAAACUUCAGACUUAAAACAACUGGUGUAAUAAUGAGGAAUGACUAAUUUAAAGCAAAUCAAAACUUAUUACAUUAUAUUUAGCUAUAUAAAUAUAUUAUAUUUACUGUAUAGUCAUUCAUUAAUAUGAUACAUUUGGUUCAGAAAAUUAUGUUCAGCCAAAAUUUCUCUUCAGUUACAUAAUUCCAUAUUAAUAUUCCAUAUUAAGUGGAUUUAGAAAGGUACUACAACAGCUAAAAGGAAACUAAUGUUUACACUAACAUCUAACACACCACAGGGAACACCUAUCCAUCGUCUUUGGUCAGUGAAUCACACAGCCGAAUCACAACACAGCAAAGCGCAGCUAGUUUAACACUGCAAUCAUUCUGACAUGCAUUCUGUGUGGCUUCAUCUGUACCCAGAACUCACUUCUAUCUCUUGCUUGCUGUUCUCUAUUUGAGAUGUUUACCUACUUCUUGAUUUAUUUAGCAAUUUAAAUGUGCAUUACAUUAAUUGACAAUUUCCUAGGCAUUCUUAAAAUCUUUCGGUAUGUAAAAUAAAUUGUUUUUAAUUCUGAUUUUAAACACAUGCAUUUACUAAAUGAUAUUAUCAAAUAUUUUUAUAGCACAUGAAAAAUUUCCAUCAAUAAAAUGCAAGAUCUGACUCUUAAA